GCCAUGGCGCGGGCGGCGGGCGCGCGGGGCAGGACCCGGUGGCGCGGGCGGUGCGGGAGGUGCGGGCGGGGUGCGUUGCUGGCCUGCGCCGCCUGGACCGCGGGCUGGGUGCUGGCGGCCGCGCUGCUGCUCCGCGCGCACCCAGGCGUCCUCUCCGAGCGCUGCACAGACGAGAAGAGCCGGCGCAUCCUGGCUGCGUUGUGCCAGGACUACGAGGGCGGCGCGCUGGCGGGGGACCUCUGCGAGGACCUGUGCGCGGCGGGCCGCCUGCGGUACCGGCGCUGCCUGUACUACGAGAGGGGCAAGAAGGUGCUGCAGGCCGACUGGCGCGGCCGGCCCGUCAUCCUCAAGUCCAAAGAGGAGGCCUUCGCCAGCUUCCCGCCGCUCAGCCUGCUGGAGGGCCCGGCCGAGGAGGGCGGCCAGGACGUCCUGGAGGCCGAGCUGCUCCUGCUGGUGGCCGGGGAGGUCAGGAGCGCCCUGGGCCUGGAGCUGUCCCGCAGCCGCCUGGGCGCGCUGUGGCCGCGGGGCCGUGGCCCGCGCUGGCGCCGCCAGCUCGCCAGCCUGUGGGCCCUGCUGCAGCAGGAGGAGUUCGUCCUCCUGAGCCUGCUGCGGGACCUCAGCCGGCACGCCCUGCCCGUGCUGGGCUCCUGCGGCCACUUCUACGCCGUGGAGUACCUGGCGGCCGGCAGCCCCCGCCACAGGGCCCUCUUCCCGCUUGACGGGGCCGCGGGUGGCUCCCCGGGUGGCCGGGGCCAGGCCAAGGCCAUCAGCGACAUGGCGCUCAGCUUCUUGGACAUGGUGAGCCAUUUUGACAACGACUUCUCCCACCGCCUCCACCUCUGCGACGUCAAGCCCGAAAACUUUGCCAUCAGGAGUGACUUCACGGUGGUGGCUAUUGAUGUGGACAUGGCGUUUUUUGAGCCUAAAAUGAGGGAAAUUCUUGAGCAGAAUUGCACAGGAGAUGAAGACUGCAAUUUCUUUGACUGUUUUUCAAAGUGUGAUUUGCGAGUCAACAAGUGCGGAGCACAGCGAGUCAACAGCAACCUGCAGGUCGUCUGUGACAAAAUAUUCCGCCAUUGGUUUUCCUCGACCCUCAAGAGCUCUGCCAUUUCCUUCCAGCUUCAGCGGCAGCUGCGGGAGGCGGUGCGGGAAUGCGCAGACCCGGGGGGCCCGGCUGGGGACCCCCAGAGAGCGGCCCCCAAGGUGUUCUGGAAGCUUCAGCGCCUCCUCCAGGCCUCACUGAGGGAACUGCAGGAGGCGGGGAAGUAGCUGCUCCUGGCCUCCCAAAUGCUGGCAGGGAGAAGCGACCUGGAUCAAUUUCCCCCUCAGCGUUUUACAGCAGAGAUGUGUUCACGGUGCUCAGGACCGAUCACUGAGACUUAGGGUCUCCUGAGUGUGGGAUCCUUGAUGGCGAGCCUCCCUCUCUCCCCUUCCGGUGUGAUUUGUUCUGGUUUGAAGAUACCAUCGUGGCCUCUGACCUGUCACCCCUUUUAAAAUGACACGAGGGAGGGGGUACAGAGCGUUUUACUUUUGGGGACCCUCCGUCAGUAAACAGCACAAAUCCCAACAUGCAGUUACUCUCUGAAGAAAGCAUGUGUGCUCGCCUGUCAGAUAAGAAAGUUCCAGUUGUUCUCCCUGCAAAUCGUUACCACGUUAAAGAACGUGCAUGUGAGUGUGUGCACAUGAGUGAGUGUGUCUGCUCACACGUGUGAUUGAGUGUGUGCCCAUGACUGAGUGUGCACACAAGAGACUGUAUGCAAGACUGAGAGUUGUGCGUGUGUGAGCAUGCAUGCCUAAGUGAGCCUGUGGGUGUGAGCGAGCGAGUGUGUGAGGCGUGCAUGGGCUCGGGGUGGGGGAAGGUGGAUUUUCCAGCCUGGCCUAGCCAGCCAAGAGGAGUUCCCUUUCUUUUGGAGUUGAAUACAAGAAAAAAGGAAAGUUGCAUCUUUCGGGAGUAUAAUUUUUACCCGAGAGCACCUGUAAGGACAGCUCGUAGGGUUUUUCAUUUUGAGGAGCCCGUUGAUUGGAUGGAUUGUGCUCUAGGCGCAUGUCACCACUUACCAUGGCACAUCUUCCUUCCAGCGGGAAAUUGUCGGUUUGGCACCGCCGGGUCGUCUUGCCACUGAAGGAUUCACAGUCGAGCAAGCGCCGAGGUCGGCAGUGAUACAGGCAGGAUCGGAGGCUGGUGCCUCUGUCACUGAGUGAAGACCCAGUCACUUGGGCAGAUUGGCGUAUCAGUGGAGUUCCCGAGGAAGCCUUUCUGCAAGGGACGAAUCCUGAAGGAAAUGACCUUCUCGUGGCCCCGGACAGGCAGGUGAAACCGCACCCACCAGGCAUCCCCUUGGAGGCAAGUCACCUCUGCUCCACCUCCGGGACACAGUGAGUGCUCACGGGAUCACCACGGCCACCUUUUCAGAAUCACACUCAAGGGGAGAGAAAGAAGGAUGCCGAGAGAGGCUGAGGACAUGACGUUGAUAGUUUACAGAUCGGAGAAGACAAGUUAGUCUGAAGUUUUAAAAAAUCACAAAUCGACAAAUUCCAAGCAAUUUCUCUUUUCUUGCCCAACCCCGUUCUGAUCCAGACAAGGGGAGCUGCCUUCUUAAGUUCGUUUGGCUGCAUUUCUCCAGGCCUCGCAGGGGGUCUGCCCUUGGCUCACGCUGAGGGAGCACGGUGAGGGACGGAAUGAUCUCAAUUCUGUGACCCCUGAGCACUGUCGUUUGAAGGCCCACAGCGGCCUGCUCUUCCCACCCCUUCACGCAUCACCGCUGGCAUUUUUCCACAUGACUCUGAGUUUCCCAAAGGGGCCCCUCUAAUCAUAUAUAUGAACCACUCACUUUGCAUUUGUGUUCUUUGGCAGGAAGAAAAAAAAUCCACGUCAGUCACUCUUGUGGUAGAAGUAAAUUAAAACUAAAGUUCGGUGCGCUGGCCUCGGACUUCUGGAUUCUUUUUUUUUUUUUAAAC